GAGAGAGAGAGAGAGGUCGCUCCCCUCGCGUUUCGAGGGGGUGCAUCCCCAACCGGGGUGGUAAUGUGGUGGGGGUCUCGAAGGGGAUGGGGAUGGGGAUGGGGAUCGGUGAAACGAUACCGAGCCUCGGGGCGCUGGCGGCUGGAAUGGUGGGGAGCUCGUCCACGGAAUUCGGCCUCGGGUGGGACGCACAGAGACGUACUAAUACUACAUGUCCGCCUUGGAGGCGCGCGUCCGACCCGGACAUAUAGUGCCAUCUUGUAGUAUAUCGUUUCCCGAGCGGUGUGGCCAUAAAACGCCCGCCACGACGCAUAUUCUAUAAGAUUGCUCACUCGAGAAAUCCUCCCAAUGAAUUCCGCCGGCCCACCUCGACCCCGAUAUUUAUCAGGGAAUCAUUCCGCCGGCCCACCUCAAGUCAGGUCCGGGGGUAAACCUCUGAAAGAGAACCAUUGGCCUACGCCCUUUCCGGGAAAAACACGACAUCAGGUGUCUGAGACCUACGUUAGCCUUGACCACCAGAAAGAACUUCGAGCACCACAAAAGUGCCGACCCUGGAGGGCUUCCACGCGUCGGGCCCUGGGAGGCGAUACUGUUCCGACACCGUUUCGAUAGGUCUCUGGGUGCUCGACACGAUCUCCGAGCUGUGGUCCAUAAGCACGAUGGGAGCAACAUGAGCCUCGGGGCGCUGAUAUCGGUCUCGUUGGUGUCGUUCACGGAGGGCGGCGGCGCGAUGAAGUCCUCCGGCGGCAUGCAGCGCUCGACGGCGGAGUCGAUGUCCUUGGCCCCAUUGACGGCCUUGUUGAGGAUGGCCACGAUGUCCGCGGCGCAGAAGAGGCCGGCGCCUUUGAUCUUGGACGGGCAGUUGCUGACGCUCGAGAUGAUAUCCUGGCCCAUCUCGCUCAAAUCAUUGAUGCCCGCCAGGAUCUGCUGGGCACACCCGCUGUCCACAUUGCCGCAGUUGAAGGUUGCAGCGGACACCUCUUUUCCAACGGCCCCAAUGUUGGUGAGCAGGCCCAUGAUCUGAUCCGCGCAGUCCCGCUGCAUGCCGCUGACGUCGUUGUUCGUCACGGACGAGACUGGGAUGCAGUUCUGGACUGCGCGCACGAUGUUGCCCACGACGCCCACAGCGUCGUUGAAGGCGGUGGCGGCGUUGGUCGCGCACGACGCGGGGUUCGGCGCAAAGCCUCGGCAAGGGGGCCAGCAGCCCCGCGAGCAGGGCGCACGCCCGGCGGGCAGCCAUCGCGCUCGCGAGCGGCGAGGAGGGGGCGAGACGGGGGCGAGGAAGGGGCGAGGAGGGGGCGAUCUGCCUGCCGAUCGCGCGGCGGAUCGCGCGGCCCUGGUGCGCAAGCGGGCCCCGUGCUCGAGC